GAAAAAAAAAAAAAAAACAGAGCACGAGUACUUAACUCAUUAAAGUUUUGCUGACUGCCUGUCAGUCUAUAACAUUCCAUUGACCGCUACGGUACCUAAAUACAUUACGAUCAGUAAGUAGUUCAGUGGGCAAGUGUUAAACACAAAAAAAACUAAAAGUGCACAAUUUUAUACUAAAGGUGAAUUAAAUAAAAAAAAUAAAUAAUUAAUUAUGGCAACUACAAGUGCUUUAAAUACCAAUGAAUUAUUAUUCGAGGAGAAACCUUUACACCAGCCACCUUUGCAAGAACUAAAACAAGUAAUACAAUCAACUCUGCUAAAGAACUUUGAACAUGUAAAUGUUGAUGUUACAUCUUGUCCCGAUUUAACGGCCGCACCCUACAACCUUAUGGAUUCAGGUUUGGGCGGUUCUCCUAUACUAUUGGAAGCCGGUGGUGCACCUUACCUUUUGCCUUUGGUUCAACGCGAAAAAUUAUACAAUAUUAAGGAAAUGUGUCAGAAAGCUAUGGGAGGCGAAGGAAAAAUUUUGGCAAUGGGCGCUGGCGCCGGUCCCUAUCCCCUGCGUAACUGCAAUUGUGAGGGUAUUUACAAUAUGGCCGUAUCGGCAGAUGGUCAAAUCACUAACGGCAGCUAUACAGCAAAGGUAUCGGGAAAAGAAGAAUCUUGUGCCCUAGAACCCAUACCCAAUAGUGAACCUCGUUGCGCUUUACUGCUUAAUCUUUUCGUGUGUCGCGGUGAACCGGGACAAGUGAUAAAAAUUACAUGCAAAAAACGUAUUGGUAAACAAAAUUUCAUAGAAUGUAUACGUCUGGGUUUAUUGGAAAAAUAUGGGGAUAAAUGUGUGGGAAUGGGUGGUUUGUUUUUAAUCAAACGCGGUAAGGUAUUCCAGCACGUAAUGCGCGAUUUUAGUAAAACGCCCAUAACAUCGGAGCAUGAAUUGAAUCAAUGGCUGAAGUUUUACGAAAUGCCGGCUACAUUAAAUGCUGUGGGAACUUUCAUAACGCAUGAGAAUGAUUUAGAUUUACGUCUACAACACUUUCAUUCAUUUUCCACCAGCAAUUGGGGUGGUCACUAUCAUUAUGAUACAACACCUGAGACCGUGGAAUAUGAGGCUUACUUAAAUGUUGCCGAACGUGUAGUACGUGUUGAUAAACCCAUAGAAACCCAUAAAUUCGGUAGAGAUUAAUAAGUGUUUGUUUAUAUUUAUGUAUAUACCAUAGAGUAUAUACUGUUAAUAUAAACACAUAACUGUAUACAGAAUAAAGUUUAUUUUUGCUAGAAAUUUGAAAAUAAAUUUGGUUUUAGUUGGCUGUA